AUGUCCGUUAUGGCUCUUUCUUCAACAGCUCGUAGGCGGUUACUUCGACUUGUCCAAGUUCUCGUCGGGGGUCCGGCCGUGACGUUUGGGGGACUGGCACUAUGGACUCGGAAAUGCGCGUUUGAGCCUUUCGGACCGGAUACAGAUGCAUUGUUCAGACAUGCCACAUUGAAGGAUCUGAAUCCCCGAAAUAACCCUAGCACUCAUGAUUGUUGUGUUCGAAAAGUGCCUUUUGGGGAGCUGAAGCCGGAGUUGUUGGAGGAUGCGAGAAAGGGCGGGAGUGCUCUUGUGGAGGAGUUUUCGCGGGGGAUGUGGGCGGGAUACGGAUAUGGGAUUCAGAGGAGGAUAAUGGGAUUGACAAAGGGUCCUGAGAACCGUACCGAUUUGUGGACUCCUGAUGAGUUGGGACGAAGCGCAUAUGAACCUGAAACAGGAACAGUUGCGACAAACCACUUGCUCGUUCUCGACAAAUCCUCAACGUCGAUAACAUUUCGCGGCUGCCCUGCACCCAAGGAAUCUCCCUUUACACCACGAUACCUGGAUAACUUGUUCUCGUUGACGGCAGAAUUAAACGAGAAGCGUAGGCAGGCAGAGUUUAGAAUCAAAGCUAUAACGUUUGACGCGGUGACGACGACGCCGAGAGAAGAUCCGUUUGGGGGCGUGUCGGGUGUGUUGCAUCGGGUUUAUGCGAAGAUGCUUGUUGAGGCGGCGGUGGGAUGGUGUGUUAGGUAG